AUGAACCAGCCUGAUUUAAGAGAGUAUCGGGAGUACUGUCCUCCUGAAGUCAAGCGUGUGAUUGCGUCAGGUGGAAGUGCAUGGAUAGGAGAAGUUGAUGAGACUACAGUCCUGAAGUAUCCUCUUGCGCUUGGCGAUACGGAUGUGAGUCGGCUCGACACAGAGAGACGCCUCCUUGAGAUUGUCGGACAUCAUGAGCAUAUUAUCAGAGUGAAAGGAUUCACAGACAACGGCUUAUAUCUGGAGCGUGCGAUCAACGGGAACCUAGAUGACUACUAUCUCAGACCAGCACAUCCACAUCCACCUCCAUCCCUCGAGCAGAGGCUAAAUUGGUGCCAAGAAAUAGCCGAAGCAGUUGCAUGGGUUCACAGUAGGGGAGUUAUCCAUUGUGAUAUACAGCCCAGAAAUAUCCUUCUGGAUGAAGGGUUACGCACGAAGCUAGCUGACUUCCAAGGGAAGCAUCUGUCAGAGAAUGGCAGCGUGCUUCUUGAUGGGUGGAGCGGAGAGCCUUGCAGGUUUUAUUGCCCUCGUCGCGACCCCUUUGACGCGGAUGUGCAAACAGAUCUCUUUGCCCUGGGAUGCACUAUCUAUUUUAUUAUGAUGGGGCAUGACAUGUUUCCUGACAUCGUUGAUGGAGAAGAUGCGUGGUUUGAAAGAGUCGAGCAUAGGUUUGCAUCGCAGCAAUUCCCAGAGGAUACGCAUGCUUGCAGUGAAAUCACUCGCAAAUGCUGGCACAAGGAGUACGACUCUGCCGAUGAUUUGCUUCUGGAUUUGGAGGUUAUCCGAGAGGAAUUAUUCGGCGCUGACAGUUGUUGA